AUGAUGACCAAAGAAACAAAAGAUGAACUUCAACACUUAUGUCAAAUACCUCGUCUUUUCCCUUCUGAAUGGUCAUCACCACACGAAGAAGCACAAACAGCUUAUCAACGUGCGUGUCUUCUUGGCCAUAGAGAUAUUGUACAAUGUAUGUUGAAUGCUGGUAUUCUAGUUGAUCAAAGUUGCCCUGGUGGUGAUUCGUAUUCUACUAUGCGUGGAGCAUUUAUGUUUGCUUGUCAAUCACGUUCGAUGCCAACAAUUCAAGCUUUACUCGACGCUGGUGCACCUGUUAACAAAUAUGGUUCAUGUUCUCUCGCUUAUGCUGGCUCAUUUCUACCUAGUAUUUCUAUCCAUUAUUCACGCAGAAUCCUGCCAGUCUCUUGGGAGAAUCUCUAUCCCAUUUGAGGGUGUGGGUGUAAUUGUAAACAAAAAACAUCACACACCGAGACGCA